ACAAAGUAUUAAUGGAGAAAUGUGACUAAACGAUACCUCUGCCGCUAGACGCGGAACUAAUGACGGCAGAAAUCGAAAAGCAUGUUGAGCCUGUCCUUGGAUCAGUUCUUUCAAUCUGAAUCCUGUUUAAACCAGCAGCAGGACUGCAUCUAACGUUACAGAACUGUUCCUGGAUCAGCCGUAAACACUCGAGGCUGUAGAACGCACAUUGAUGAUGUCAUUCGCCGAGAACAACAAUAGCCUCUCACAGGGAUUCUCAGCACAGCUUAUAGCCGCUUAGUUUGCUCUAAAGUGCUGACUAAUUCUCUCUAAUUAAAACGCUUUUUUGAAUUAAGAGCUCAGUCAGACCUUCACGAUUGUUUGAGUUAAAUUAUUUCACUGAGCGAACUUUAGAACAGAAGAUAUUUCACAGCUAUCGCUAAAAGAUGUCAGGCCGCAGUGACAAGCUAACGACGCGCUACUAACUUAGUGGCUUUGCAAGUUUGAAAAAAAAAUAAAAUACACGCCUUAUUUCUUCCACCAACCUCUCUGAGCAAAGUGCUACAGUGUGUUUGCGAAUAAUAUUAACUUGACAUCUCAGAAAUCUGCUAGUAUGUUAAAGGUGCAGUCAAACGUCUCUCAGUGAGAGAGCAAGACAAAAGGAUGAUCUUAAAGACUUAAGCACUGACAACAUGCCUCAACGGAAGAGAGCCCUUGUUCCCAUUAAUACAAGGAGAAGGGUUAAAGCUGAUGAAGAUUACUUCCCUUUCAACUCCCUACCGGUGGAAUGUCAGCUCCAUGUGCUCUCAUUCCUCAGUGAGGUGGACAAAUGCAACUCUGCACUUGUGUGUGCAAGCUGGAGCUGCUUAGUGCGCUCUGGGAAGCUCUGGAGAGUUGCAGACUAUUCCCGCCGUGGGGUGUUUCAUCUGGGCCAGGAGGGUCUGCUCGUUUCCAACAGAGAGUUUGAGCGCUGGAAGGCUUGGGUUCACCAUUACACCCAUCAUCUUAUAUCCCGUGGGGCUAGUUUGCUCACUCUGAAGGCCAGUUUUGAUCUAGGGGACCAGUGCAAUAAAUGGGGAGAGCUCCUGUCGCACCUUCUAGAGAACGUGCAUUGCCGGGAACUCAGUCAUUUAGACUUGAACUGGACAUUUACCUUGCUUGAACCUCUUGACCUUCGUGUCCACACCAGUUCUAGUUCUCAUCAAGACAAUAUUACCAAGAUGGACCAGGUUAAUAACUUUCAAAUUCUCCUAGCCAGACUCGUCCACAGCUGUCCCAGGAUUACCAAAAUGCGCCUGCACUUUGACUGGUCUGAAACAUCAGUUGCACUGAUCACUCAGUUUCAACACCUCCGUAUCUUAGAAUUGAAGUACUUUUGGGUAUUCAAAGGGGUCAGUCCAAACACUUUACAGUCCCUGACGAAAUCGCUGCCUAAUCUAAAAUCCCUCACGCUCCAUGUUCUCGUUCCACUGCGAAGUCUAGGCAUCUCGUACACCCUUGAAUCCCUUUCGCUCGAGUUCCUAGAUGUAUCGCCCAGUCGAGGUCUGGUGUUCUCCUGCCUCAACCUGCCAGCGCUACGAGAGCUGCGGGCGAAAAAGAUCGUUCGGGGCAUUACUCUGGACCGCCGGACUCGACUACGGAUACAGAGCCGAUGGCCCUGCUUGUAUCAGGUCUUACGUGAAGGGGCGCCCAAACUUCAGGCCCUUAACAAUGAAAGACUCCUUCCCAACUGGAAAGAGCAAAGUUACAGAGAGCUGACGUCAAUCCUCCAGCAGUCUUGCUACUGUCUUCAGCAUUUAGACAGUUGGCUCUGGUGAAGUUAAACAAUUAAACAAUUACAGGCCACACAUAACGGCCUAAAGGGACACAGCCACAUCCUGAAGAAAAUUAUGUAUGAAAAUUAGAAGGACCAACAUGUAAUCGGAUAACACACUUCUGCUGAUCCUCUAUAUUUAAAAAUAUUUAAAGCUGUAAUUUAAUUAUAUGUCAGCCACCCUUUGCUAGCAAAUAAUUGGAUUAAGUUCAAUAUAUGUCCAGAUUCUUAACUAUACAAUUAUGCUUAAAAAGAGUUUCGGCUUGUUGUGCUAUGAAGGUUUAUGUUCCAGGCUGAAGUGUGUGCAUUUUUUAGGAGCUUAGGUGAAUUCAGGAAAAUUGUUCUAUUGUGCAAAGAGGAGGAUAAAGCGGAUUGCGGCAAUGGAGUGUGGAUCACUUUGACAAGAACUUUAAUUCCUUAUAACAUUUCAGUCCGUCAAAAAAAUAGAGGGUUUUUUGCCUUUAUUUUGUGUGUAUUUUUGUCUUGAACUAGAUUUUAUUUCAGUGUUUUCAGCUAUCCGUGACUAAACGCUGUAACAUUCCUGAUAAUCUAUAUUUGAGACAAUUCAGAUGACAAUUUAAUUUUAAUCUUUCUUUUAUGAACUGUAAUUUCAAUAUACGGAUUUUAUUUUUUAUCAGGCCUAGGAUUGGGUAUUUUAAGUAUUUUCAGAUGAGGUGAAAAUAUGUAUUGUGUUGCAUUUUCAUGUUUAUCCGUAUCUGGGCCAAAUGUCUUAAUAUAAUUAAAAGGAUAGUUAUUAAGUUUAGGAAUUUCUAAAGUAAUGAGAGUAAAACUUGAACUGCUAAGACAUUCUUGACAUUAUGAGGUAUCAGCUGACCAAUGAAUAAACAUAGAUUGACUGAGAUCGGACACUCGGCAUUCAUGCUAAGCAUUAACAUAAACCUUAAAGACAUGGUGUGCCUUUAAUGAAGUCUGUGACCCAUGGAGUUUUGUCUUUGAUUUUAUGAAAUGAAAAUAUUGCCUUUAGCCUCAAACCAAUAGACCAAUCAUGUAAUUUAUUUCACGUGCACAUACGUUUUUUUUGUUUGUUUUUUUUUCUUUGACCUGCAGCUGCAUUUCCUAGUAAACAACAUUUGAAUGCAAUAUCUCUUGCUCGUCCACAGGAUGGCACCCUUAUCUUUUCUAGCCGUUGUUUCUUUCUUGCCACCCCUAAAAGCAGCAGUCUGCAGUGGUGCAGUGAUAAAUGAAUUCUGUGUACAGGCUGGAAUUGAAACAAUUACAAUAAAUUGAUAUGA